AUGGACAAAAAGCAAUAUUCAGAAUCAACUGCUAGUGGAUCAUCUUCUCCUUCCACAAUAAAUAAAUCAAAAAAAUCAUCAUCAACAACAGCAGCAGCAUCACUACCAACAACAACGACAAGCAGAAAUGCAGUACUUCCUCAAACUGCUCGUCGGAUUCUUCAAAAUUUCCUUUUGGUAUGGCUCGAUGCCAAUUUGCAAGAAUCAGAUAACGAUUUUACGAAUUCAUUGCAACAUCUUCGAAAACUUGUGGCAUCCAUCACAACGUUUACGGAUGCCCAACAAUGUGUUAAUUUCCUAAAUGAAAUCAAAAAAGAAAAGGUAUUUAUGAUCGUAUCAGGUUCCUUGGGUCGUCAAAUAGUACCAGAAAUCGAAGCAUUGCCACAACUGGAAGCAAUUUAUGUGUUUUGUGGUAACCAAUCGGUUCAUGAACAAUGGGCUAAAAAAAUAAGCAAGGUUAAGGGUGUCUACACAAAAAUAGAACCAAUUUGUCAAGCACUUGAAAUCGAUCGACAACGAUGUGAUCAAGCUAUGAUCCCGAUCAGCUUUAACGGACGUGAUGCGUUAUUUAUGUAUACACAACUUUUAAAAGAAGCGCUUUUGGAAAUCGAAGAUGACGAUGUCAAAUCGAUUAAAGAUCUCGUAGAAUACUGUCGUCUGCAAGAUGAUAUUGAUGAAGGUCAAAUUAGGAAGGUCGAAAAUGAAUAUCGUGAUCAUACACCAAUAUGGUGGUAUACGGCAGAGACAUUUAUUUAUCCAAUGCUCAAUCGUGGUCUUCGACAAAUGGAUGUCGAUAUUAUUCUGAAGAUGGGUUUCUUCAUCCGUCAUUUACAUCAACAUAUUACAAAAUUACAUUCUGAACAACAAGGAAACAUGCCAACAAAUCUUCAAGUCUUCCGUGGACAAGGUUUGUCCAUGGAAGAUUUUGAAAACAUGAAAAAAAC